GAAUUUGAUCAAUCGAGUCACAUUGUGUAAAAAUGGCUACUGGUGCUAAUUCCACGCCACUUGGUCGCCUUCAUCCCAUCCUUCAAGGAAGACAGGGGUCUACCCCAUCGACUGCUCUUGGUUCUAAAGCCGCCCUAGAGAACAGCGACCUACAGGCUCACCUCAAUGCCGCCAAAAAAGCCGCUUCGGCCUUGUUUUCAAAAUCAGAGAACACUGAUGGGCCUCCUGCUAAAAAGAGGAAGAGGAGCAGGUGGGGAGGGGAAGAAACUCGCACUGUCAUACCAGGAAUGCCCACUGUGAUACCACCUAACAUGUCAGAAGGACAGCAAAAAUUAUACUUGAUUCAUUUGCAAGUUGAGGAUUACACGAGAAGACUCAGAACUGAUGAUCUAGGGAUACCUAUCAAUCCUGCUGACAGGUCACCAUCCCCAGAGCCUGUGUACAGUCAUGAUGGUAAGAGACUUAACGUAAGAGAAGUGAGAGUUAGGAAGAAGCUUGAGGACAGCAGACACUCCUUGAUACAAGAGGCACUGAAGCUUAACCCAACCUAUAAGCCGCCUGUGGAUUACAGGCCUCCUGCUCAAAAGUUUGAAGAUAAAGUGUUUAUACCUCAAGAAGACCAUCCAUUGACUAACUUCGUUGGUUUGAUCAUCGGUCCUCGUGGAAACACUCUUAAAACACUUGAGAAAGAGACUAACUGUAAGAUCAUGAUAAGAGGCAAAGGAGCCGCUAAAGAAGGAAAGUUUAAUCGUCUUGGAGUACCCCAGCCAGGAGAAGAUGAGCCUCUACACGCCCUCGUGUCUGCUUCAACUCUUGAAGACCUUAAAAUAGGAGUGGACAAAAUAAAGAGUAUAGUCAAAUCUGGCAUUGAUAAUCCUGGGAAUGAGAAUGACCUGAAGAGACAACAAAUGAUGCAAUUAGCUGAACUAAAUGGAACGUACAGGCCUUUGGAUGUACUCACAUGUCGUAAUUGUGGUUCUUUGUCUCAUCGUACUUGGGAGUGCUCGGAGGGUCAAAACGUCACGUCCACAAUAAUUUGUAGCAAGUGUGGAGGAGGCGGCCAUAUUGCUUCCGACUGCAAAGUAGACCUUUUAAAAGAUGGUGGAGAACUAUCUGUGACUGAACGAGCAAAAAUGGACAGCGAAUAUCAGUCAUUGAUGAAGGAGUUAGGUGAGCCAGUUCCAGCUUCAGCUAGAGGAGGAGGAGCACAGAUACCACCACCACCGGGACUGGUGGGUGCCCCAGUACCAGUUGAUCCCAAUAACCCCUGGGGGGCAGCAGUGGGCCCUGGGGGCCAACCUCUACCAGUUAUACCAUAUCCUUUAAUGAUACCAAUGGCAGCUGCUCCAUGGAUGCCAGUCCCUGUUGUGUCCACUCCUGAACCAACAGUUCCUUUCUCCAUUCCUCAAUCCAACAGACCAGCUCCGCCCACUUCACAAGAUGUUGCUGCUUGGACGGCUCCAAAGCUUCAGAAUAGCAAUGCUUCAAUGGCUCCGCCUCUUCCUAACAGUGCCCCGCCCCUUCCCAACGAGGCUCCUCCCCCACCACCUCCUGAUCAUGCCCCGCCUCCACCUCCUAUUGAGCCACCUCCCCCUCCUCCAGCUCCCUUCUAAACUGUACACACACACACACACACACUCAUUACAUAAAUACAUACAUAGUUAUUCACAUACUCAUGUUAAUAUGCAGGAGAGAAGGUUGUUGUACAUGUACUUUCUACUCUAUCUGACUCGCAGUCAUUUUUGGGCUUUAGUAACUGACUCAUGCUACAAGGACUAAUACUAUAAUAAUAGUAAUAAUUGUAUUGUUAUUUCACUGCUGUUACAGUAAUUUUUUGUAUGUAUUUAAUAAAAAGGGUAAAAACGUAUUUCCUCGUAAAGUA